AUGAGAGGCAACUUCGGUCACGGCUGGGAUCAGAGUCAGGAACACGUCUCAAAACUCGAGCAUGACUACCAAAUCUUGGAACAUCUAAAGGGCGUUCUUGUUCACUUUAGUGAUGGGGCUCAAGUCAUGAAUGUUACCUUUCCUCAACAUUCACCCAGUGAGUACGGAACAAAGGCUCACAAAGCCGCAGGGAAAGUCAAGGCGCAUACAAUUAGCUGCACAUGGUUUAAUCCCUCCAAGAUCAUUUAUCUUCAUUACCUCAGCAGGAAGUGGGCCGAAAAAGCCAGCAAGAGAUUUGACAAGAGUUUUCGAGGCCGUCAGGUGCAGGCCCGCAUUCACGAACGCAAGAACGCUGGGCAGGAACGAGAAUGGCUGGUCAGACUCUCGAAUGUUCCUGUCGACACGACCGACCAUCACCUGAGAGAGAUACUCAAGGGUGUGAGAGCUGAGAAAUAUGUACAUGGAAAGAGAUCAACAACGCUGACAGAAGCCGAGUCAUGGUCCUUCGUCGAAGACUUAUUUACCGACGAAGAGAAUUCAUUCCAAUUUUCCACCACCAGCCCAAGUUCGACCGGAGCAAAGGCCGCAUUGUUUAUGGAGCUCAAUAACCCGGCCCAUGCAAGACGUGCUCUUUCAUGGUCAGGGACGUACUACGAAGAGCUGGGGUCAAAGAUUUACGUCGAGCAAAUCGCCACAGUAAAGUUUCGAGUAUUGCCCGAGGUCUACGCAUUGUCAAUAAUCCAGCUUCACGAACUUCGGAAGAAGACAGAGGCUGGCGUGUAUAUAACGAUGUUUGGUCCGAAGCAGCACAACAAACUCGCCGUGAUCCACAUCUAUGGACCACAAUCUCAUAACGUGGCCAAGACAAAGGGUCGAGUCGAGUCUAUCCUUGCUGGUACCGUCAUACUGGGCGAUGACAACAGCCACAUCUUGUGGGACGAAUACCUUGCCACUAUAGAGGGCUUCGCCUUUCUUAGUGGGCUCUCGCGUCCCGGGAAAAUGUUUUUGUACAGGGAUAUCAGGACAAGACGACUAGUCUUUCACGGCGAUGCCGCGCUUCUCAACGGUGCUCGACUUGCUAUCCUUAACGAGCUCUGUCGUCGCAAGCACUCGGUACACAUCACCCUGUUGGAAGGUGAGCUGUGGUCUAAGGUGUUGCGUGGCGGCUUCAAACGCCUAACAAACAAGUUCGGCAAGGGGAAAGCUAAGCUCAACAUUGGUCCAAAUGGGCGGGCUCUGAUCUUCUCUGGGAGUCCAGAAGACUUCAGCAAGGCGAAAGAAUUACUGGAAGCUGAUGACGCUGAGCCAUCGGCGACGGCACCAUCACCGCACUCAGACGCGCCGGGCGACAGCGAGUGUCCCGCCUGUCUCUCGGACGUCGAAGACGCCCUCGAGCUAGCGUGCGGCCACAGAUACUGCCGGGUCUGUUUUGAGGAUCAGUGCAAAGAAGCCGACGGCCGCGAGCUCAAGAUCGUGUGCUACGGGAAUGAUGGUGCCUGUGGUCAGACGGUCAGUCUCGAUAUUCUUCGAAAGAUCCUGGCCCACGAAAAGUUCCAAAACCUGCUAUCCGCCUCGCUGGAAUGUUACGUCCGGUCGCACCCAGGCGAAUUUACUUACUGCCCUACCCCGGACUGCACGACCGUCUACCGCAUCACGAGUGACCCGGGCGAAAUCGUCUGCGACACCUGUCUUGCCCUCAUAUGUACGAAAUGCGGCAGUGUCGGCCACGACGGAAUCACCUGCGACGUGGCGCGAGAAGAGGCGUACAGGGGAAGCAAGGAGCACCGGGAAUUCCUCGAGAUGAAGAAAUGGAACAAUAUCAAGGACUGCCCGAAAUGCACAACGCCCAUCCAGAAGUUGGACGGCUGCAACCACAUGGUAUGCGCCGCGUGCAAGGCAGACAUAUGCUGGGUGUGUUUGGAGACAUUCGAGAGUGAUCGGGCGUGCUAUGGCCAUCUCAGGGCCGUGCAUGGAAGGAUCGGUGACAAUCUGAUCCCGCAGGAGUUGCUGGACGACGGAUGGGCCUGA